ACGAGACGCGAAAAGCAGCUAUCGGUGCGGGGCGGGGAGGGGGUUUAACUGUAACGUUUAUGGUCGCACUCAUCGACCCCCCCUUCGCGUCCAAACGGAAUGAAUUGCACCCGUCGUCGUUGCUUUUGGGUUUAUUCCUUAACGCGAUGCGCAGUAAAGGAGGGUGAUGUCGCAGACAGCUGCUAGUUUCUCGGAGAAGGCAAAGCUACGAGCAGAAAUAGAGGUGCGGCGAGCGUGAAGGAGCCCUGCUGCAGGGCGUUCUGCGUGGCCAUUAGUGUAUGCGUGUUUCCGGUUUUGGGUGUUUAUGAGCGAGGGGCAUAGGAGCUGGGGGUUUUAACGUGAUGCCAAAAUGCUGCUGUCUCUGGGAAUGCUGAUGCUCUCCGCCACGCAGAUCUACACCAUCUUCACCGUCCAGCUUUUCGCCUUCCUCAACCUGCUGCCCGUGGAGGCCGACAUCGCUGCUUACUCGUUUGAUAACAAAACUGAGACCUUUGACGACAUGCCUGCACGGUUUGGCUACCGGCUCCCCAGCGAUGGGCUGAAGGGCUUCCUGAUCGGUGCCCGACCUGAAAAUGCGUGCCAGCCCAUCGAACCUCCUCCCAGGGAAAACUUGACGGGGGCCUUCAUCGUCCUCAUCAAGCGAUAUGACUGCAACUUUGACAUGAAGGUCCUUAAUGCACAAAAAGCUGGAUAUAAGGCGGCCAUUGUUCACAACGUGGACUCUGAUGACUUAAUCAGCAUGGGAUCCAACGACUUGGAUGUUCUGAAGCAGAUAGUUAUUCCCUCUGUAUUUGUGAGCGAGCUGACUGCCAAUACUCUGAAAGACGACUACAUGUAUGACAAAGGAGGCCACUUGGUCCUGAUCCCAGACUUCAGCUUGCCUCUGGAAUAUUACCUGAUCCCCUUUCUGAUCAUUGUGGGAAUCUGCCUCAUCCUCAUUGUUGUUUUCAUGAUCACCAAGUUCGUCCAGGACCGACGCCGAGCUCGGAGGAGCCGCCUGCGGAAGGACCAGCUGAAGAAACUUCCCAUCCACAAGUUCAAGAAAGGGGAUAACUAUGAUGUGUGUGCCAUCUGCCUGGAUGAAUAUGAGGAUGGAGAUAAACUCAGAGUCCUGCCGUGCUCUCACGCCUACCACAGCAAGUGUGUGGACCCCUGGCUGACCAAGACCAAGAAGACGUGCCCCGUGUGCAAGCAGAAGGUGGUGCCCUCGCAGGGCGACUCGGAUUCGGACUCGGAGGAGGGGGACAGCGGCGCCGACGAGAACGAGGAGGUGUCGGAGAGCACGCCCCUGCUGCGCUCCCAGGCCUCCACCAGCGCCCACUCCUUCGGCACCAUGUCGGGGGCGUCGCGCUCGGAGCAGGACCAGGACUCCUCCGAGUACGACGAGCUGGACAGCAGCGACAGCGAGGAGGAGGAGGAGGAGGUUACGGUGGAGACGGUGGUGGUGCAGAUGCAGCAGCCGUGCUCCGACGAGCACGAGCUGCCCCGAGCUUAAACCCCCCACCACCUCCACCCCAGCCCCCCCCAGCUUCACACUUGCAGACUUUAUAGGGGGCCUAAAGCCGAUGCGUCGUCUGUCCUCGUGUCACUGCUUACAUCACGCUCCUAUUCUCUGUAGGAGUUCAAACACACCGAUGUUUUAACCCGAUUUUGGAAUGAAGAGCUCCGCAGGUUUGAGGACUGAAGUACAGUAGCCUGCUAUACUGUACCGUAUUUAUCCGUGGAAAAGAAGAGGGUCCAAGACCCUCAUGCCUGACAGAGAGGGCAGCAUAAAUAUUGUCUGUAUAUAUAUAUAUAUAAAGUAUAAAUCACAAUAAUUUGCCAUAUUAACCUUUGAUUAUCUUCGGUAUGUACGUACGUAUAAGCAUAGCUGCACACCCACCAACGAUUGACAAACUGAAGCGCUAUGCAGCACACAACAUUUCCGCUCACAGCGACGCCGUGUUGCCAUUUGAUUUGUCGCCGGACGUUUUGCAGCAUUUUUAGACGCGGAUGUGUUUUGUGCCAGGUUUUUUUUUUUUUUUUUUUUUUUUCCUGUUACGACUGACCGACAUGUAAAGCGAAGCAGAAGUACAGCCUGGAUAGACUGACUCAUUUAAGGAAAAUAAAAAGAAAAAAAAUGAAAAAUGUGCUUUCCAUGAGGCGUCACAUGACGUUUUGUCUGUUCUGUGGUAGCUGCUGCUGCUUUUUUGUUGUUUUUUAAAGACUUACUGCUAAAUAAACCUCGUUGUCAACUCAUUCUGA